AUGACGGCUACCAAAAUUGAUGGCACGGCCAUUGCAAAGAGAAUUCGUGAGAGGCUUCAUGCUGAAAUCGAGAAUACCCAGAAGACCAACCCAAGAUUCAAGCCCUCCCUGAAGAUCAUCCAAGUUGGUGACCGAUCGGACUCAACAACUUAUGUGCGCAUGAAAUUGAAGGCUGCCCAAGAGGCAAGCAUUGAUUGCGAACUUAUACAAUUUCCCGAGUCCGUCAGCGAACUCGAACUUAUCGAUCAAAUCACCCGCCUCAACAAUGACCCUGCAGUCCAUGGAAUUCUUGUCCAAUUACCCGUCCCUAAACACAUCUCCGAAUAUGCAGUAACAUCAGCUGUGGCAGACGAGAAGGAUGUCGAUGGAUUCGGUGCAAACAACAUUGGGGAGCUUGCAAAGCGUGGUGGCCACCCACUCUUCACACCCUGUACCCCAAAGGGUGUAAUGGUUCUGCUCGAGGAGAGUGGGGUAGAUCUCAAGGGCAAGAAUGCUGUAGUCCUUGGGCGUAGUGACAUCGUUGGAAGUCCAGUCAGCUACCUCCUGAAAAAUGCCGAUGCUACGGUGACCGUGUGCCAUUCGCAUACCACAGGGCUUGAGGAUAUUAUCAAGCGAGCGGACGUGCUGGUCUCUGCAAUUGGAAAGGCAAACUUUGUCAAGGGCGAGUGGUUGAAACCUGGUGCAGUCGUGAUUGAUGUUGGCACUAACUUUGUGCCCGACGAGACAAAGAAGUCAGGUCAGAGACUCGUCGGAGAUGUCGAUUUUGCAUCAGCCUCCGAGGUAGCCUCACAAAUUACGCCAGUUCCAGGUGGGGUUGGCCCGAUGACAGUUGCUAUGCUACUACAAAACGUGGUAGAUUCAGCAACGAUGUAUUUUGAGCGACAGAAAGCGAGAGCCAUCUCGCCUUUAGCUCUGAAACUUCAGGAUCCCGUGCCUUCAGAUAUUGAUAUCUCUCGUGCCCAACACCCAAAGCAAAUCACUCGUAUUGCCAAGGAGGUCGGUAUCGCUGCUCACGAGCUUGAGCCUUACGGUGCAUACAAGGCGAAGGUAGACCUAGGCCUUCUCAAGCGUCUUGAGCAUCGUCGUAAUGGCCGCUAUGUUGUCGUCACAGGUAUCACACCUACCCCACUUGGUGAAGGCAAGUCUACCACCACUAUGGGUAUCACACAAGCCCUCGGCGCUCACCUGAACCGCAUUGCAUUUGCCAACGUCCGUCAACCCAGUCAAGGUCCAACAUUUGGAAUCAAGGGAGGUGCUGCAGGAGGCGGCUACAGUCAAGUCAUUCCUAUGGAUGAAUUCAAUCUUCACCUUACAGGAGACAUUCAUGCCAUCACUGCUGCCAAUAACCUUCUCGCUGCUGCAAUCGAGACGAGAAUGUUCCACGAAAAUACACAAAAGGACGCAGCCCUUUACAAGCGUCUCGUCCCGGCCAAGAAGGGAAAACGAGAAUUCCAACCGAUCAUGUUCCGCCGGUUGAAGAAACUUGGUAUCACGAAGACAAAUCCCGAUGACUUGACUGAGGAUGAGAUUCGUCGCUUUGCGCGACUGGACAUUGACCCUUCCACUAUCACGUGGAGACGGGUGCUUGAUGUCAAUGAUCGUCACUUGAGAGGUGUCACUGUUGGUACUGCUGCGACUGAGAAGGGGCAGACCAGAGAGACUGGAUUUGAUAUCUCUGUAGCCAGCGAGUGCAUGGCUAUUCUUGCUCUCAGUAAUGAUCUUAACGAUAUGAGAGAGCGCCUGGGAAGAAUGGUUAUUGCGUCUUCGCGAAGUGGAGAGCCUGUCACCUGUGAUGAUAUUGGUGCAGGUGGCGCACUUACAGCUUUGAUGAAGGAUGCUAUUAAACCCAAUCUCAUGCAGACCCUGGAAGGUACCCCGGUGUUCGUCCACGCUGGACCAUUCGCAAACAUCAGUAUCGGUGCAAGCUCCGUUAUUGCAGAUAAGCUUGCCCUGAAGCUUGCUGGUACAGAACCUGAUGAGAACCACAACGAAAAGACGGGCUUUGUCAUCACCGAAGCCGGUUUUGACUUUACUAUGGGAGGGGAGCGCUUCUUCAACAUCAAAUGUCGCUCAGCUGGUCUUGUUCCAGACGUCGUCGUCAUUGUGGCCACGGUUCGAGCAUUGAAGGUGCACGGUGGCGGGCCUUCGAUUUCUCCUGGAGCUCCACUUGACAAAGUCUAUCGUGAAGAGAACAUUGACAUUCUUCGGAAAGGCUGCGUCAAUCUUAAGAAGCACAUUGCGAAUGCCAAACAAUAUGGAAUUCCGGUUGUGGUUGCUAUCAACAAGUUCGAGACAGAUACCGAGGCUGAGAUCCAAGUCAUCAGAGAGGAGUCUAUCUCUGCUGGUGCUGAAGAUGCCAUUCCAGCGAACCACUGGGCUGAGGGUGGAAAAGGUGCAGUUGAUCUCGCUAAGGGUGUUAUUGCUGCAAGCGAGAAGGAGAAGGACUUCAAGCUCCUGUACGGCCUGGAGGGCGAUGUGCAGACACGCAUCGAGACAAUCGGAAAGGAAAUGUAUGGGGCUGCGAAGGUUGAAUUCAGCGAGGUUGCACAAAAGAAGGUGGACACUUAUACAAAGCAAGGCUUUGGACAUCUGCCUAUCUGCAUUGCUAAGACUCAGUACUCGUUGUCUCACGACCCCGAGCUCAAGGGUGCGCCAACUGGUUUCACCGUGCCUAUCAGAGAUGUGCGCCUAGCAGCUGGUGCUGGCUAUCUCUAUGCCCUGGCUGCGGACAUACAAACGAUUCCAGGCUUGCCCACAGCUCCUGGAUAUCUGAAUGUUGACGUCGACACCGAAACUGGUGAGAUCGAUGGCCUCUUCUAG